GGCCUCUAUUUCGCACAGCGCCAAUAAGUACGUGUAUAUACUGAAAAUUCUGCCUCCGUUUCUUGGUCGCUAUUUAAGCACCCUUCCAGCUGCAGAAUCUGCACAAUCACAUACUAUUAUGGCGAACCUCCAAGAGGCGAAGACGAUCAUGAAGAUUAUGGUGACAGCUGUAGUUGUAGCUGUAGCUUCAGUAUUCGUACUCGGAGUAAAGAGGGAAGUGCCUUCAGCGCCGCCAAAACAUCAGCCCUGCCCCAAAAGUUGCAUGUGUUUCCCCAGGCAGAGAGACAAUGCACUUGAGCUACAAUGCGGUGACAAAAGUCUAUCUAGCGUGCCAACAAUAACAGAUAAUGAUAUCCUGAUAUCUGUUCUGAACUUAUCCUUUAAUCCUCUCAACACUCUGACGCUACUCGGAUACCAGUCUGCAGAGGAUGUGUAUCUGCAAGACUGCCAGCUAAUCACCAUUGAUGAGAAAGUGUUCAACGGUUUCAAGAAUCUUAAGUUUGUAGAUCUAUCCAACAACCUCCUGACAUCAAUUCCCCCCGAUCUGUUCGCUGAUAAUCACUUGCUGGAGAAGCUCAUUCUCCAAAAUAACUUUCUGCAGGACAUAGACCCGAACACUCCCUUUCUGAAUGGCCCAGCUUCCCUCAGGUCACUAGACCUGCAGUCCUGCAAAUUAUCAACUCUAUCUUCAGUGACAUUUUCGUCAUUACCAAACCUACGGAACCUAGACAUUAGCAGGAACCAGCUGAUCGUUCUGGAUUCUGAUUAUCUACAUUUCCUCCAUGAGCUGGAAAGUAUCAUCUUGAAGGGCAACCCGUUGAAAUGCGGCAACAAGUUUGAAGACAUGGUGUGCUGGAUACAGAGAAAGCUGGUUGCUUUUCGCAACGAGACUUUACAAUGUCAACAUGUCAAUAAGACCUGGGAUACAUGGCCCCCCGACAGGCAGAUCUCAUUCUGUUGUGAUUCCUGUAAAACUCCUACACUGCCUCAAGUCUGUAAGCCGGAUGUCACUGAGACCACGACUGUGAACCUAAGGGUAUCGUGGCCACAAGAGAUCUGUAACAGCUGGUGGUGCCCGUCUUUUUCAAUUGCAAUAUCUGUCAUUUUCGUCGCUGUAUGCAUCUGUGUCCCUGUAUUCAUCUGUCUCGCUGUAUACAUCUGUGUCUGUGCUCAUAGAUUCACUAAGACUUGGUCCUCGUUGCGAGACAGGCAGCUGCAUUCUGAAGAAAGACUUAUUGCAUCGGAGGAUUAAGAGGAACGCGAGGAAGAGCCACGAAGCAGAGGAAGAAGAAGAAGAAGACCACUAUGAACUACGUGAUUAUGUGCCGUUAACAGAGGAAGAAAUUAUUUAUUAAAUAAGUUCAAAAUUAGAUUUAUAAAUAGAAUAAUUAUGAAUAAAAUAUUUGAAAUUUUAUCCUCACUUAACUACCUAGAAAAGAAUAUUAAUUCAGAAAAAUCGUGUCAUUAUUCAUCUUACAGUAGUCUUCCUGGAUCUGUACCGUGAUCAUUAAGAAAUAUUAAAGAAUAAAUGUUGCCAAUUAUUUGUUAUUUUUCGACUCAAGGAUGGAAGUG